ACUACCGAUUGUAAACAAAGCAAACCAUCCGAACUGUCAACGCAUAUUUUCACAAACGUCAAGUCGAGGCAACAUUACUCAUCGCCGUAGAAGCCAAUUAUUGUUACUUUGCUAUUGUGUGCGCUGUUUGUGUCCGUUUUGCGUAUUAACCAGCAGGCCAAACGGAACUAACGAUGGCCACAAACUUCCCGCCCGUACCUCCCGCGUUGAAGUCCAUCCAGCAUUAUCUGAAGACGGCCCAGGAACAUGAUUCCCGCGAUCCGGUCGUCGCCUACUGGUGCCGCCUGUACGGUUUGCAGCUUGGUCUCAAGGUUUCCAAUCAAGGGAUAGAAGAACGAAAACUGCUGCUGGCAAUAAUGGACUGGUUGGAAACGACCAAGGGACAGAUGGCGGACAACGAGUCCAUUACGAACGAAGUGGCUGCCCAGGCCUACCUGGAAAAUUACGCCCUCAAGCUGUUCCUGUACGCAGACAAGCAGGACCGAGCGAGCAACUUCGGUAAGAACGUUGUGAAAGCGUUCUACACGGCCGGCAUGAUCUACGACUUGUGUCAGAUAUUUGGCGACCUAACGGAGGAAGUAACACAGAACCGAAAGUACGCCAAGUGGAAGGCAUCCUAUAUUCACAACUGUCUGAAAAAUGGAGAAACACCCGUAGCGGGCCCUAUGCCUACCGAGGACGACAAAGAAUUUGACCAAGAUGCCUUUCUACCGAACGCGGAUCCGCAACCGGGACCUAGCAAUACUCCUGCCCCGCAGCAACCACCGCCAGUAUCACCGCAACCACCACCGGCUGGACCGACCAACUUCAUCACCACAGAUCCGUUCAGCAACGUGAAAGCUCCGACACCACCGAGCGAACCGGAAAAACCGCCGGGCGGAUUCCAACCGUACAUGGGCGGACCGGUAGCGGGUGUGGCCGGCACUCCCGUGGAAACGAAUCGACUGGUCUCACCCACUGGCGUGCAGCUGCGACCGGAGCAACUCACCAAAGCCCAGAAAUACUGCCGAUGGGCAGAAAGUGCACUCAACUACGAGGAUUUGAAGACGUCGAUCGAUAAUCUCCAGAAGGCGCUCCGUCUGCUACAGACCGGACAGGACGGUUAGGCUCGGUGAGAAGGCCAGAUCUUUGUUUGUUGUUUAAUUGCUUAUCCUAGUAUCCGCUUGUAUCUGUACCAUGUACUCAGAGAAAUAAUCAACAAUUUGCUUAAUAAAGGAAAUGACACGUA